AUGGCCAAACGACGCGUCGGCUCGAACUUUCCCGACGCUCCCAGCCGCUCCAAGAAACUCAAGCACAGCGCCCCUCCCCCGCCAAAACACCCAAAGAACAAGGCCGCCUCGAAGCAGAAGCAGCAGCAGCAGCACCAGAACCAGAAGCCCGUCCUGCCCUUUGGUCCCCAUGACGCCAUCCUCCUCGUCGGCGAGGGCGACCUCGGUUUCGCCGCGAGCCUCGCCGCGCACCACGGCUGCACCAACCUGACGGCCACGGUGCUCGAGAAGAACGAGGCCGAGCUGCUGGCGAAAUACCCCCACGCCAGCGAGCACAUUGCCAAGAUUCUUGCGCCCAACACGGCCCAGUCUCCCUCCGACAACAACGACAACGACAACAACGACGACGGCGCCGAAGACGAAGACGAAGACGAAGAAGACUACGACAGCGACGGCAACCCCGUCCCCGCGGCCCCCAAACCGGCGCCGACGACGAACCGCAUCCUCUACAACACCGACGCCACGACCCUGCGCCCCUUCACCACAAAGGUCGACCACGGCCCGCGCACCCUCCUCGCCGGCAAGGUCGGCGCCUUCGCCCACAUCGUCUUCAACUUCCCCCACGUCGGCGGCCGCUCGACCGACCAGAACCGCCAGGUCCGCCACAACCAGUCCCUGCUCGUCGCCUUCUUCGAGCGCGCCCUGCCGAGCCUCGCCCCCGGCGGCCGCGUCACCGUCACGCUGUUCGAGGGCGAGCCCUACACGCUGUGGAACGUCAAGGACCUGGCGCGCCACGCCGGGCUCGACGUCGACACGAGCUUCCGCUUUCCCUGGGCCGGCUACCCCGGCUACCGGCACGCGAGGACCCUGGGCGUCGUCAAGGCCAAGGGCGGCGCGCGGAAAGGCGAGCACGGAGACGAGGGCGGCGCCCAGCAGCAGGAGCAGGAGCAGGAGGAGGAGGAGGAAGGACACGAGGAAGAGGAGGACGGCAGGGAGGGCCGAGGGCCGCAGCAGGCGCGUCGCAAGGGCGAGAGCAAGACGGCGUGGAAGGGCGAGGAGAGGGCCGCGAGGAGUUUCGUCUUCAAGAGGAAGGAGGAGGCUGCUGGCAAUGCUGCGGCAAGAACAAGAAUAGGCAGAAAGCAGAAGCCCGAGGCUGAAGCUGGCGGGAAGAAGAAGAGGCACAAGAUUUGA